CAGUGUACACGUUUUUCUGUUGUCUGCGCUGGCCGCGCCCUCGUGACGAAUGUCACAACCGUCCGGUGCGACUGUGCUCCAAUUUAGUGUCGAGCUCACUUUCGAGCCGCCGAACGACCUGCACGUAUUUCUCGUUCUGGAUGCUAUAUGCCUGGAGCUGAAGCUGCAAGAGGGCCUGGGCUUUUUUGGGGAACGAUUGCCUAGGUUACUUAUGAGUUAUUUUUUCUACUGGCGACGCCGUGAACGACUCAGCCAAGAUGAUCACCAACAUCUUCAGAAUUGCUGGGCUGCAUCAAGUCUCAUGGUUUCAGCUUAUUCCAGAUGUGGAACGCUCCUCACCGAGCACUUCCAGGAUGGAAAAAAACCGUCAGGAUGCGAUGAACAUGCUAGUCAUGAUGGCACACGUGCGGCUCCAAGGCGAAGGACACCUCAGUGCGUGGACAGUAUCCCCUAUCAAGGAGGGCUCUAUAACACGCCCUACAAAUUCAGAUGAAAGACUUAAACUAUGGAUAUUUUCACCUGGCCGGCACGAUAAUAUAAGCCCAUCUGUUCACCCUAUGAUCAUGGGACUUAAAGUUGUUGGAGCUGGCUUGUGGUGUGUACCUGGCGACAACGAGGAAGUGGGAGCUGCGCUUUCUGAAGCUCUUCGGAAUCGUCUUGAAAGGUCGUUGAGAAGUCUCUCAUAUGUUCGUUUUGGAGACGUUUUUGUGAAGUGUAGGAGACAUGGCGUGCUAGAGUCAAGGAAGGUGCUACCAACUUGUGAACUGAUGUUCAUGGGAAGUGAGGAGGCCUUAUUCGUGCAUGUAGUUGUGCGACGAAAGAGGGUAAGGCUCUUAUCUGCCCACGACAUGCAGUUGGCUCUAGCACAACAACUCGUUAGUGAUAGUCCAACGGAAAACAGUCUGACCGUGGCUGUACCCCCUUAUGGUCUCAGUGGACGUCUUACUGGAUGUUGUCCCGGGGAUCUUGUGAGUGUAUUAUAUCGCAGCAAGCUGCAGGCUUUUACUGCAUCGUCUUUACCUUUUCGCGUGGUGUCGUCGUCAUCACCAUCGAGCAAUGGAGGAGUUGCAGUCCAGUCAUGUUAUGCCGAGGUUUGGGUGGGCCAGGCUCAAAGUACUGUUGAGCAAGCUGGCUUCGUUGGGUCAAGCCCAGGCAAUACGGGAAGCUCACAGGGCAACGUUGAUCCCUCUUUGGAUCAAGCACGUGAGGCUGAUGACGAGGGACAAGUGAAGGCAGGAGAAGAUGCGAAAGUUGAUGGGAAGGUGCUCAUAUAUCCCAUGGAGGCGGUGUUGGCUCCAGUUCUUCCUCCUGUGCCCUCACGCACUUAUUUGAGAAGAUGCUGGUUGCAGGAGUGGGCUGGCACGCAUUGGUUAGAGGACAGUGCCGUACCAGGUCUUAACUGGAAUAGAACAGUCGUUGCUCCCGUCAAAGAUAAGCCCCAAAUCUCGGGUGGUGGAGCAGACAGUAGUAGUACAAGUAGCAGUAGUAGUGGCAGUGGUGGGGCAAGUAUCAAGAGCAGCAGUAGUCGGGGAAGUAGCGGUAGUAGCAGUGGCAGUAGCAGUUCUAGCGAGAGUGAGGUUGGGACAGGCGAAGGAGAGCUAGAAGGAGAUGCUGACUCUCUGGGGAGCAAGGGAGCAAACACAGUUGGUGGAGGUUCUUUCAAGCGCUCUUCUGUGUCAAGCGUUCGCAACUCAGCUCAAAACCCAGAUGUUGCUGCAGGCAACUCGGGGUCAAAACGUAGUCGCGGAAAGGUGUCUGGAUUAUCAGGAGAGCCAUCUGCCAAAGUGGGGAAAAUAAGCACUAGUCCCGGUGGAGAGCUCUCAGCUAUGUUAGAUGGAGGUAGCUCUGCGGCUGGAAGGAAGGGCGGUGGUAAUACUGGGGAGCUGACCUUACAAGGGUCCAUGAGUAUCGCUGUAGGUACCCCAAGAGAGGGUGGCAGUCAAGUGGGAACACCUUGGGAGUGGACUGACGAAGGAAUGGGGUUAGGGAUGGGCAUGGGCAUGGAAAUGCAAACGGACGCGGACAUUCUUGCCGAGUUUGGAGACUUUGGUGAUUUUUUCGAAGACGAUGUUCUUGGAUUCGGAGAGCCCCCAGGAACGGCAGAAUCUCAGUCAAUGAUUUUCUCCCUUGCUGAUUCUGUUGAGGGAGUGAACACACCUGGUACUAUAUGCAUGGAUAAUUCAGAUCCAAUGUUGCUUCCGAUCCUGGACUUCCCUACUUUGGAAGGUUUUGGGGGACAGUCGCUGCUCUCUAUGAAGGAGCAAACUGCGCGAGGAACGAAGGUGUCCACCUCGGAAACCACACAACCACAAAGUACCGGGCAGAUGUCACCUCCCACCGCAACACCUGUGGUAAUCGAUGUUCUGGCAAAAGCUGAGGCAUUGCUACUGUUUCCACCUGGUUAUGCCCCCGUUGAAUUACCUGUUAUCAAAGAUGAGGUUUCAUUGUCAUCAACUUAUAUGCCUGAGACUCGGAAGGUGAUAGGAGACGUCACAUUUAGAGAUGUUUAUGUUUACAGUGCUACACCUCCUCCCCUCCCUGCUGUAGAAGUUUCCAAAGUCAAAGCUGAACAAAUCACUGAUCCUUCUCACAACGAAAUGGGGGAUGGUAAAACCUUGCAUGAAGCUGUCACAGUUUCAACUGGGAAGCAAGCACUUAACGUUACAGAUCCUUCCGGUGACAGUACAGUAACAAACAAUCUUAAAUUUGCCCGUCAUCAGAUUUUGAAUGAUUCUGGACCAGGUCACAGUGGGACAGUUAUGCAGGAUUCUCCCGUUCAAGACAGCUCUGGAGCCGGUAACCCCUUUUUGAACAAGAUCGAUAUUAGAAUCUCUGCUCCUCCUAAAUCCACAACCCCCGUUCUUGCAACAGAACUAGAGUGUGGUCUGUUGCAAGUUUCGAUGCUUUGUGCCACAGAUUUUUCUACAGCAUCAAUCAAUGGGAAUCGUGCCGCAGGUACUCCGAGUUCUUUGAGUGUGAAGUUACCGUCUGGAGUAAAGGAUGGCAACUCCGAUUAUUCACAAAGUCAAGGGGAACAAGUAGGUAGAGUGAUGUCUAAACCCCCACCCGCACAGAAGAAGAAAUUACUCCCUUCAAGGAUAGCAGGAGACGCCGAUGAAGAUGUACAAGAUGGGCUUCGGGCUGCCCCUAUUGGUGUGUGGCGUCCAGUUCAAACUCCGAAACCUCAAAAGACGGGAAAUUCAACUGUAGACUCGCGCAUUGGCUCCAGCUCUGCUUCUCCAGACACGGGAAACAUGGGAGCCGAUGGAAACACGGUCGCUAUUCAAAAGUUGAACAACUGGCAGUCUGUUGUAGACGCCAUUCCUUUGCUGGCACAACAGGCUGCUGUUGCCUCAGACAUCGCCUUGGAUGGAGAGUGUGGUGAUGGACCUCUGGGCUGGCUUGCCUUUCAAGAGCGUCAGAGGCAUCAGUGUGGUUGCGGACCAGGCAUAAAUCACAUUGGUUGUGGUGGAAUGUUUUCAAUCCGUCAUAGUCUUGAUAAUGCAGGUCUCGAGUACAUAGAUCCGUUGGCUGCAGAGGUCUCACCAGCUACCGUUGCAAACUUGCUUCAAUCGGACUUUCGCGUUGCUAUUUCAUCGGCCUUUGGAGAAUCAAACAUAGACGGUCCUUUGACUGGACUAGAUUGGUGUCGUGGUAGAGUUCAAGGUGAUUGCGGAAGUGCUACUGCCGAUUCAAAGGAGGGUAUGAGUGCUAUCACUAUGGCAGCUGGUGAACCUGUGACCCCACCGCACUGCAAUGCUGGAAAUCCAGGAGUGCUGAAGGUACCAUCAGGACAAGAUGACCUUGACCUGCGAAGGGGUAGUAACAGUCGAAUAUUGGACACGUCAUCUUUAUCAGAUCAGGCACGUGGUGAUGACCAAAGACGUACUCUAGACGAUGCAGGAACGAGCGAUUCAGAGCUGCAACCAAGUGCUAGCAGCCAUGGUGCAACCAUGAUUGCCCUUCCGACCCCUGCCUUACUUGUCGGUUAUCAAGAAGAUUGGUUGAAAACUUCUCCAAAUGUUCUCCACUUGUGGGAGAAGGCUCCGUUGGAGCCAUAUGCUCCCCCAAAGCCGGUCAGUUACUACGUUCUAUGCCUAGGCUUGGACUCCUUGCUCACUGCUGCAAGCGAUUUCUUUCAGCAGCUCAGUUCAGUCUACGAAACCUGCAAGCUGGGAACGCAUGCACCAGCUGUGACCCCAGGGCUUACAGGAAGUACAUCAGCAGGGUUUAGUAAAUCAGUGUUACCAGGUUUCAUGAUUGUAGAUUCUCCCUGCCCCUCUACUCAAUCUGCUCCAACUUCCACUUUGAUUGGAGAUUUUGUGGCCAGUAUGGACAGUGGGUGGAAUUUCAACGAGUUCCGGAAAUCGCUGUCAAAAGUUUGCAAGAACGUACCAAUUUUAGCUAAUCCGAGCAGUUCUCAAAGAGAUCCUGAUCAAGACCAAAGCGUGGUUGUGUACGUUGUGUCGCCUUCAUCAGAACCAGCGGAAUUAUUGCAAAUUGUGCUCGAUGCUUCCCAGUGCUUUGGAUCUGCAUUGUCACUAUCAGAGAAAGAGCGAAGAUCCUCAACUUACAGUCAAGCUGUGGGAACCGCAACAGAUGAAUGCAGUUCGUCACCUGUGGUAGGAUUUUCGACAUCUCGAUUCGUCUUACAGGUGUUGCCUGCCGAGGUUGUUAUGAAGGCCAGUACUACUCUUACCAGUGAACUGAGUACGCUCAGAGACGUGGCAUUUGGCGUGUACAACAAGGCUCGUCGGAUACAGCGGAAAAUUGCCCUUCCUGAGAGCUUGCAUCCCUCGUUGCCAUCAUCUCGGGUUCGCUCUGGGAUUUUGCAAAGUGGCACUACUCUGCCAGGUAUGUGGAAGGACUGUAAUACUGUUAGAAACAGUGCAGUAAAUAUGGGGAUUGAAUCUAGUCUUAGGAGUAGUUGGGAUGGUGGGUGGCAGUCAGCAACGUCAAGGUUUGGUGACUCAUCCGUAACAGAUGGAGGUUCUUUGGUGGGUGAUGCAUCUAGUAAUGAAGCUGGUCGGUUUUUGUAUGAGCCUUUGUUCAUUCUAGCAGAGCCUGGAAUUCCGGAUACAAAUGCAAAUUAUCUUUCACUGCGUUCCGGCGGAAAGGAUUCUUUGAGAUCCUCUGCGGAUGAAGCAACGGGAAGUACCUCAGGGUUAACUCCAGGUUUAUCAGAACCUGGGGCAGGUGCAGAAGGGGCAGAUGGGGAUUCCCAAGGCAGUGGCAGUCAGCCAGCCGCAGACUUGCACUGUUGUUACCUGUGGACAGAUGAUUGGCAAUGGCUCAUUUCUGUUUGGACUGAUUCUCGAGGUGAACUACUUGACAUUCACGUAUUACCUCUAGUGGGUGCCGUCAAGGAUGCUGGUCUUCAAAUUCUAUUCACCCAAGUUUUGCAUCAAGGGUUGCAGUUGUUGACAAUGGCCGCUGAAGCCGGCAGUCAACGGCCACGGAAUAUAAUGAUAUCUCGCCUCGGUGAUUUCACGGAAAGGGAAUGUCAAGAUUGGUAUCGGACAGUGAUGCUUAUGGGAGGCGACGAUUCAAGGAGGUGGCCUGUGCAAUUAUGGCCUGGGGCACUCAACGGGAACUCCUCUCUCCAAAACCAAGAUAUUGCGUACCUUUCUGAUCGUACUUUAGGUUUAGCCAGCAGUAGUAGCAGGCCUCCCUCUCCAAACCCUUCCUCAUCAUAUACAUCUCGCAACAAGUCCUCAGGAAUGGGGAUGAAUCUUCCUCGAAGGCAAGGACAAGGUUUGGGACUGGGUUCUAGUCAGUCGGGCCUGGACUCUAAGGGUCUAUUUCAAUGGGUCAGCAGCAUAAGUCUGGUAUCAGUUCGGGUGGAACACGCCUUGCAGACUAUUUGUGUCUCGGAUUUGACACCUUCGUCAGGUCCAGGUCAGGGAGGCUCAGCAUCAGCUACUUGGCCCGCUGGUUCAGUGGGAAAUUCUAGCAGUAGUGGCAUCACUGGAGUCAGUACUGUUAAAACCCUGGCAAAUACGGGUGCUUCCUACCUGUUAGUUCCCACAAACACUCCACGAUUUCUUACACCGAUAAUUUGGCAGUCACCAGUGGUUCCUCCUAAUUUGCCUCCUAUUGCCCAACUUCUGCAAGGCAGUCCAAUAGUUUCAGCCCUAGCUUCUGCUUACGUGAUAUCUCCACCUACACCAUCUCCCAUGAGCGAGUUUGUACAGCAGGCCAUCAAAGAAGAAUGGCCUUCCACACUCCAUGUUGGACUAAUUGCUUUUUCAGGAAAUCCUUUAAGCUUAGAGUCCAGUUCUGUAUCUUCUUUCCCACAUACCAAGUCUCUCAAAGACAUCAACAAGGAUUCCUCAAAUAUGGAGGCACACCGAACUGUAUCAUCAGUGGCUGCCCAGGUGCAUGCAUUAUCUUGGCUGACCGUGAGUCCGAGUCUUAAUCUUCGACACUCCCCCUUACCCUUUCAUUGUCACGUGGCUCAACGGUUACGGAGGCUUCUAAGCUACCUCGAUGUAGAGCAGGGAUUUCCUCGCCAUCCUCAUACUCCGGUGUGAAUUUUGACCAUGAAGGAAACCUGCCCGUGCUGCUAGUUGUUUUGUAGGGAAGCGGAUAAACUGUUUGAGUCAGGUGAGCUGUCUUUGAGAUGUGAAUGCAUCAUCAGUUAGGUCAUCUAGGUACAGACAGGUCCCUUUAGCUUUGUAUAUUAAAAUUUAGAGUUAAAGGUUCACCUUUUGAUUCAUUUGAAGAAUGUAAAAUUGAUCAAUCCCAUUAAAUUGUUGUAUGAUAAUCCUCGGCGCUAAGUUUGAGGAUGUCAAGAUUGCAGUAAAUGUCUUAGUCUGACCAAAGAUAAUGAAAUUCAUUGUGGAGCACCACGAGCACACCAUCAUGGAGU